ACGAGGCUUAAAUUUCAUCACUCAUCAGUCAUCAGUGCUAAACCCUAACUUUAGUUUCACGCCAGAUCUCACUUUCUCUCGCUACUCGCCUCCGUCCAGUUCGCAGCUGUACAAUUAUGGCGUCCACGACCGAGCCGACGGCCUUGAAGAAAGAGGAAGAAGAGGAGGAUGACUCCAAACCAGCAGCUGAAGAUGAGGACACCGGGGCCCAGAUUGCCCCGAUCGUGAAGCUCCAUGAAGUCGCCGUUGCCACCGGCGAGGAAAAUGAGGAUGUCCUGCUUGAUUUGAAAGCGAAGUUGUAUAGAUUUGACAAGGAAGGUAGUCAAUGGAAAGAGAGGGGAGUUGGUACUGUCAAGUUAUUAAAGCACAAGAAGACCGGCAAAGUUAGGCUUCUCAUGAGGCAGAACAAAACUCUUAAGAUCUGCGCCAAUCAUCUCGUCCUGCCCACAUUGACGCUGCAAGAGCAUCAAGGUAAUGACAAGUCUUGUGUGUGGCAUGCUGCUGAUUUUGCUGAUGGGGAGCUAAAGCAGGAGACUUUCUGUAUCCGUUUUCCAUCAGUUGAAAAUUGCAAAUCUUUCAAAGAUAAGAUUGAAGAAAUUACUGAAUCUCAAGCAAAGGACAGUGGAGACAGUGAAGAAGGUACCACUGCUGCUGGUCUUAUCGAGAAAUUGAGUGUUGGAGGAAAUGACAAGGAGGAUAAACCAGAGUCCAAGGAUGAAUCUACGUCUGCAAGUGACAAAAAGGAGGACGAGAAAGAAAAACUCGAGAAGCCGGAUGCUAAGGAGUGAGGCCUUUGGUUUAUCUUACUCUUCAUUAUGUUGUCAAAGGGGUUGAAAUAUGGGUUGUUUCAGUGAGUUCUACAUAAAACCUUUUUUUUUGGUGUGUGUUUUGGUUUGUUUACUGGUUGUGUCGGUCGGUCGGUCUUGAGUGGUUUGUAUUUGGUGCCUCAAGAGUUUGGGUUACCUUAAUAUUUAUCGUGUUUUUUUCUACUUUGUUGGGUUUUUCGAGCUGUCCAGUGUGUAAUCUUAAACGGGUGCAUUACCCCAGCAUAUAUUUUGAUCUCGAUAUUCUAUGGUCUUCUUUUUUGGCGUUAAUUAGGCUUUUUGUUUGGCGAGCGAGCUAUAAGCAAUAUUUUGUUUUGUUUUGUUUUGCUUUCACCAUAAUUCAAGCGUUCUCU